AUGAGUUAUGAAAUAUCCUCAUAAUUUAUAGAAUUCAGAAAGUAGAUUUCAACCAAAAUUAAGAAUUCUACUCUCAACAAAUACCAAUAAAUAGUCACACCUAAUAAUCUAUUUAAUCUCCGUAAAUAAUCGUUAACUAAUAAUUUGAGUUGCUUUAAUUCUAAAUAGGCACUUAACAGUAAAAGUAAUAAUAAUCAAUAGAUAUCACAUUAACACCUUAAAGAAAUUCCUAAAUGUCUAAAAAAAAUAAAUUAAUAAGUUCCUCUAAUUAAGGUUAAGAUAAAAUUCUUAAAAGUCCCAAAAGAUUAUCAUAUUACAGUACUACUACUAAAAGCUAAUAAUCAUAUCUUAAUUAGUUUGAUUACUCUAAUACUUAUAGAUAAUAGGAUUAUUUAGAGGAGUAAAAUUAAAUUAAAUAAUACUCUACAAAAUACUAUAAAAUAAUGAAUUAAGAAUAAGGCCUUUAUUAUAGUAAAUUAUAAGCAAAGUUAGAUAAUUUAUCUAUUGUAAUUGGUAAUUAAGAUCACAGAAAAUAAAAUGUAUUAGAAAUUGACGAUAUUAUUAAUUUUUCUAAAUAAAUUAAUGGAAAAUAAAAAAGGGAAAAGUAUUUAGACAAUCUAUAAUUUGAGAGUAAAGUCUUGUAAAAUGAUAUACUGAGUAUUAAAUCUAAACAAUCCAGAUUUUCAGAUUGA